AUGUCGCUGGCUCUGCGUUGCUUACCAAGGCGGUUACCGCCAGCUUCAUUUUGCAUGCUGCGAUAUGCAUCAACGAAAACGCAGCUUCCGCCGCCGGAUCCGAACAGGAGGAGGAUACCUCGAAAGACGUAUAUUCCACCUGAAAGGCAGGUUGUGAAAAAGAAGAAGAUUCAGGAGAAGGGAAUUGGUCCUCAUAACCUCAGCCCUGAGGAGAUGAAGAGACGGCAACGCAAGUUUAUAGUGGUCGCGGCUGGCGUGUAUCUUCUCUUCGUUGCCGGCGCCUAUUAUUAUCUGACGUACGGUGUCGCGGCUGACGCUGGAAACUACGAGGAUGCAAAACCGCGGGAUACAAGGGAGAUUUAUGAUAAUCUGGCAGAAGACUAUGACAGUAUCAUCAAUAGAGACGAGCAGUUUAUGCUGUUGUCGCUGUGGAGAAAGGAUGUUACAAAACAAUUGAAGGGUGAUGUUUUGGAAGUUGGCUGUGGUACGGGUCGAAAUAUGAAGUACUUGGAUCUUCCGGGAAAGGUCUCAUCGAUGACGUUCGUCGACACAUCGGCGAACAUGGUGGCAGAGGCAGAAAAGAGCUUCAAGAAGCGGUACCCGAAGUACCAGUAUGCAGAGUUCAAGGUCAGUAGGACCGAGGACCUGCCUACGGACAAAAAAUUCGAUGUAAUUUACGAGACAUUCGGCAUUUGCUCAUACGAGGAUCCGGUGGCCGCGUUGAAGCAUAUGCAGGAGCUGCUGAAGCCCGGAGGUCGGAUCAUUCUGCUGGAGCAUGGGCGCGGAACUUGGGAUUUCAUCAAUCGGAUUCUAGACAAGAACGCAGCUUCGCGAUCGGAGGUGUUUGGGUGCAGAUGGAAUCUCGAUAUUGGCGAAAUAGUUCGACAGAGCGGACUUGUGAUCGACCAUGAGGAACGAUGGCACUUGGGGACGACGUGGACGAUAUUUGCUCAUCGAGAGGGGGAAGAAUUGCCGGUGGAGCCCAAGAAGCGGUUCUUGAUCUGGUAG